AUGCGGCCGAACAAGCGCACGCUGCUGCGCAAGCAGCGGAACUUAGUUCAAUCGGGGCUGCCGUCGAGCCUCAAAUCGCUCCUGUUUGAAGAACAAAGCCGCGUACGGAGACUUCAACGUAUGAAUCUGAAGCAAGGACGUAUUGAUAGCUUCUGUAUUCGUUGAUGGUUCGUUUCUAGUGCGCAUUUCGGCCUCGAUAAAGUGAACUCUGGGUUUUUCAUAUUUUU